UAUGUUCCAGGCAAGCAAAACUCACCUUGAUGAGCUCCAGACAAAACGUCUGGAGGAGAUGUGCAUUGUCAUUGACAAGCAGGAUCAGAUCAUUGGGGCUGACACCAAGAAGAACUGCCACCUCAUGGAAAACAUCGACAAGGGCUUGUUACACCGAGGCUUCAGUGUGGUCCUCUUCAACAUGCAAAACCAGCUCCUGGUCCAGCAGAGAGCAGAUGCCAAGUACACGUUUCCUGGACAUUUUACAGAUUCCUGUUCUAGCCACCCUUUGUAUGUGCCUGAUGAGCUGGAGGAGGAGGAUGCUGUGGGAGUGAGGAGGGCAGCCCUGAGGCGCCUGCAGGCUGAGCUGGGCGUCCCCCAGGACCAGAUUUCCAUAAAGGACAUAAUUUUUAUGACCCGAAUCUACCACAAGAGUCCUUUUGAUGACAUCUGGGGAGACCAUGAGAUUGGCUACCUUCUGUUGGUGAGGAAAGACCUUAUGCUAAACCCGGAUAGCAGGGAAGUGAGAAGCUAUCGCUACAUGAGCCAGGAGGAGGUGCAGGAGCUGCUGGACAGGGGGGCCCGAGGAGAAGAGAAAAUCACGCCAUGGUUCAGAACCAUUGUAGAAGACUUCCUGUUCCCUUGGUGGCCUCAUUUAGAGGAUGUGUCUCCAUUUGUGGAGCCUGAUAAGAUAUACGGACUGUGA